GAUCAAUCCGGAGCCACGGGACGGCAUUACUAUCCUUCUGAUCCUCUAUGUUGAGAGCGCGUCACUUGACAUCCAUCAGUGCUCCUCGAGAAGGGGAACUCGAACAAGCUAAGGCGCAUUGCCGCACCCGAAGGGACAAUCCAGCAGGCUGGCACAAAAGGAAGUGUUGAAUCCUCGCAAAUCAUUAUGCCGCGCAACCCAGGACAACAGACUGCACGCCCAAGUAGGCAAGCGGUGGUGAUGAAUAUGGCGCGCGAGAAGGGAAGGCCAUCGCCAGUGAAGCUUUCUCUCAACGAUGACCGUGGCGAGAAGGCUGCACGUCUGCAAUCUCGACAAGCCCUACAAGAGAUCCAUAUGAACGAAAUCCGCGCCGCGGCCAGUCCUGUACGAAAGAUCAAUCAACGUCGAGACGCGCACCAUCGAGCCAUGUCAGAAUCACCGCGCACUCCACGCACCUCAGCUGCCGCAGAUCUACGAAAAAGAGUCGUACAGAGUCACAACAACAAUAAUAAUGGUCAAAAUAGCCCGAGACAAAUUGAUAUUGUUACCGGUCAUGCUGCGACACCACCGAAACGCGUACCCAUCCUCGCAAACUUUGAAGAAUGGAUGAAAAUGGCUACAGAUAAUAAAAUCAAUGCAGCCAAUUCAUGGAACUUUGCUCUAAUCGACUAUUUCCACGACAUGAGCCUGUUGAAAGAAGGAGAUGGUGUCAAUUUUCAGAAAGCGAGUUGCACAUUGGAUGGUUGCGUCAAGAUCUAUACUAGUCGAGUCGACAGCGUUGCGACAGAGACGGGGCGGUUAUUGAGUGGAUUGGCAGAUGGCAGUGCCAACGAAGGCAAGAAGAAAAGAGGUGAUGCGGAUGGCGAGGAUGACGAUGAAGACGGUGAGGACGGUGAAGAAGGCGAGGAUGGCGAAGGGGGAAAGAAAAAGAAAAAGAAACCGGCUAGAAGUCAUGAAGCUACUUUGGCGCCAGGUUUUGCGACGUUUCAGGCCAAGAAACUCGACUUGGAAUUCGCAGUCGACCCUUUGUUCAAAAAGGCAUCCGCUGAUUUCGACGAAGGAGGAGCAAAAGGUCUUCUACUCAAUCAUCUGUCGAUUGACUCGGAUGGCAGAAUCGUAUUUGACAGCAGUGAUGAUGCGGGAGACGCAGCUCUUGCAGCAGAGAAAGGCGAACAUCACGACGGGGCGGAAGAAGAAGUUCAGGAUCCUCUCGCGAAGACAUCAACUACCGAAGCCGAAGUUCAAGUGGAAGAAGAUGCCGACGAGGACGAAGAAAUUGAUCUUGAUGGUUUGGCGUCAAAAUUCUUCCCCGACCUGUCAAUCCUCGAUAAUCAAGAUGUCUGCCCGUCGAUGAAGACUUUCACCCUGGGUGAUCCGUCAGGAGAUCUAGGCAUCCCUUUCUUGAAGGCGCCUGAGGACUGGCGAGACCAAAAGAAGGGAUCUGCGACACCACAAGCCCCGCCGAUCAGUGCCAACUUGUCAGACCAGACGGGUAUAUUUCUCGAUGGAAGCAAUGCGCUCGCAUUCGAUGACGAUGAUGACGAUGGCGGACUCCUGGGUGGAUUCGAUGUCGCAGAAGACGUUGGUUUCGGAGAAGGCGGUGAAGCUUGGGCGAGAGAUGCUGCCAUUGAUGCACAAGCUAGGGUUGGCCACGUCGGUGAUCUUGACGACAAUCUCAUUGAAGGAAACAAUGCGGAUGGGUACGCCAUGUCUCUACAGCACAAGUACCAGGAAGAUGCCGAGCAUGAAUCGGUCAUGGCAUAUUUCGAGAAGGCCUUCAACUCAAGGGCGAAAGGAAAAACCGCGUUCAUGACAUUGGAUAAUUGGAGGAUGCAAAAGAUCCAAAAAGCCCAGCAAACCGAGACGGCGCCUCCAACAAGGCAGAGGAAAGAGAAGGAGCCUUUUGAAAUCGACUUUGUUGGACCAAUGUCUGAAUCGUUACAAGAAUUGUUGGCCGCUCCAACAGUACUCAACACGCAGAUCAGCUUGCCAAAAGCGCAAUGGAGAACGAAAGGAAGAAACUUACUUGACAAAGAUGAUGAAGUCAUUGACCCCAGGAAGUUCAUGCGACUCUGGACCAAACCCAAAUGUCGCAUUGGCCGACGGAAAGGCGCACUUGGAAUCAUCGAUGAAGGAUUUGGCGCUCGCAAUCGUGUGGGAACCGUCAACCGCGGCGCAGAAGACGAGGAUGAUGAGGAGGGGAGAAAGGGUGAUUAUGACGCGAAUUUCUUUGCGGAUGAUGAUCAGAUGCUUCCCUUUGAUGGACCACUCCCGAUUGACGAUGACGACGACGAUGAUGGAAUCCUUGCCGGGGGAGAAGAACAGCAAGCCUUUAUGGAUGCAAGGGAAAUGCUCAGCCCUCAGCCUGAAGGUCACCAACAAAUGAACCUACUUGGUGAUGCAUUUGAUCCAGCAAACGACCCAGCUACUCAACAACCGCCCGACACACAAUUCCCGAACACACAACAAAGCGAACUCCUACCUGGUAGUUUUGGAUCUCAACUCGUCACACAAGCGGGUAAAAGAUUGCGACCUGAAUAUGUCAACUAUGCACGAACAGCGAAGAAGGUGGAUGUCCGAAGGCUCAAGGAAAAUAUGUGGAAGGGAAUGAGCGUCAAGCUGAUCCAGAUCUUUGAUAAACCCUCAGCGACGAGUCCUACCCCAGUGGCAGCUACAGAAGCCAAUGAAGACGUGGACAUGAUGGACGUUGAUGACCGACAAGAAGUGCAGACACCGGUUGACGGUCAUGAACCCAGCACGCCACCAACAACAACAACGUCCAACGGCGAAGUUAUGAACUUUACCGAGAUGAUCCAAGAUCUGCGACAGGUGUACCCGGAGCAGCAGAUGAAGGACAUCAGCACUAGUUACUGCUUCAUCUGUCUGUUGCAUUUGGCCAACGAAAAGGGAUUGGUGCUUGAAGGCGAGAGAGAAGGAGAAGAUGCAAUGCAGGAGAUCAGAGUCUUCCGAGAUCCCAACGUGGGAGAAGGAUAUGAAGGGGAGUAGUAAGGGAGGAAGUCGUCGGGGUUUGUUGGUAUUGGUACCUCAUGUCAUGUCUGGUCAAGAGUAGAUUUUGCGCAGGCGUUGUUGGAUUCUUGCAUCGUUGGAUUCGGCGUUGUAUAUUGAGAUAUCAUGCCAUACAUGCAUGGUCUGGCUAUGAUGAUUGUGUUGUGCAUGAAUGAAAGUGUACAGUUCACAAACAUCUAGGGUAACUUUGAUUGAACUUAAGUUUUGCGACGAUUAUG